UCUCAGCGUUCGUACUUCUUUAGUUCAAAGCAAAACAUCGUAGCAAUUCGAGCACGACGUGAUCUUGACAUUUGGCUAUCGCUUUUCUCCAUAGAAUUUCAUAACAUUCGAGGUGGGCACUGUUCGUUUACCAGUGAGUUGUCCUCGAUCAGGGAGAGAAGAAAGUUACCUACGAAACGACCUUCUACGUUGCCGACUGAAAAGGUUUUCGCUACGAUUCUAGAACGACUAAGUAAUCUCCCGUUCGCUACGAUCACAUUUGCAAACAGUAGAAGAAGUACGGAAAAAAAAUAUUCAGUGUGGUCUAGGACGAGACCUGCUUCGAAACGAAGGUACAACGUGAUCAACGACGGUCCACGUGGGAAGAUGUGAUUAGACUUCCACGAUAAGAAGCAGCUAAAAUUAGAUAGAAACGAAUAUCGAGCGAAGAUGGAUCUAGUCUACGUCCCCGAGGUCCUCACCUACGGUUUCUUCAGAAAUCAACAGUACAGAGACUAUGAACAGCCCUGGAACAAAGACUACUUCCAUAAUGGAAGAUCAACGCAGAGUCAUUGCCAACGUGUGUUGCAACAACAUCACGAACAAAAGCUGCUGUCUAAAGACAACUGUCACUUGUGCCGAGAAAGCAAACGAAGAAGUUUAGCAGCUUACAUAAAAGGCAAAUCGCGGCGAAGUUCCUGUGAAGAAAUUCACGAAGAAGAAGAGGAACAAGAUACCGCGAACAAUAGGGACCAGAAAGUGAAAAUCGACGAACGGCCGUCGAAAGCCGAAAAUAAAACUUUAAAAGUUUCGAAUGAAUAAAAAAAAAAAUCAAGGACUCGAAUCAAUAACACCAUUAAAUUGGACACUAAAUCUAUAAAACAUAUUUAAAGUUACAGUGCCUAUAAAUAUUUAACGAGAGAUCCGAUUAAAAUUUAUAGUUACUGUAAUUAUAAAGAUAUGAGAAUAAUUUAUUUUUGUACACUGAAAUUUUUCAAAAAUAAUUUUGAAGGAAGAAUGCACAAAUUCUUACUAUUAUAUUCUAUUAGUAUAUAGAUAUGUAUGCAGAUACAAACUUACAUACAUAGAUGAACACUGACAAAACAGUAGCAGAGUAUGGUUCAUGCUGUAUUAAGAACUCGUUUAGGAUAAAAUUUUGUCUCGGAUAUUACGUGCAUGCAAAUAAAAGUAAAACUUCAGAAAAUUUAAAAUAAUUUGAAAGAAUUCAAAAUAUAGCGACUUUAUCUUGUGUUACUGUAAAUUCUUCAACCAUUAUGAAAAAUUAGAAUUAAGUGAAUUGUAUUCAAUGGAGAAUUGAGUAAUCUCUAAGACUGAAUUUGCAUACAAAACUAUAUUAAAUGAACUAUCUAAAAUAAAUAGUACUUAACAUAGUUAUUAAGUUACACUAUAUUAAAAGAUACAAGUAUAAUUUAUGCAAGUAGUGAUCAAUAACUAAUCUUAAAUAAGUGUUUGUACGUUAAAAUAGUAUUGAUUUCACAAUAUUUUGAAAUUGCUACAAAAACUGCUUUAUCAAUGAAACAGCAAUAAACAAAAUUAUUUGAAUAAA